GCAUUUCUGGAGGCAGGAACAGAGUCAACAUUUGGUUUUGACGAAAGGUCUUGAACCUGCAAGAUUAAUUCUCUUUCUCUCUUCAUGAAUACUGUCUUUCUUGCUGACUGUUUUCAGCAUUUUCUUCUUGUCCUAGACUGUGACCAGAUGGAAGUCAUUUUAUUUCCACCUCCACUCUUCCAGUGGAUAUAAGGCUCGUGUAACUAGUGUCCUUUGCAUUGACUACUUGAUGAUGGUGACCCUCUGGCACAUUCACCUGCUUGGCCUUUGCCCAGAGACAGUGAGAAGCUGAGAAGGAUUAUAGUUUGGGCUGAUACAGCGUCACAGUUGUAAAAUCGGUCAGAUGGCUACUAACGUUCCUAGAGUCUGCAAACGCAAAGGACUGGGUGAGAAGAAGUUAGAAGCAGGCAAGUGCAAGAGAAUCAAGGUCCAAAGUGGAAGCACUGUGGAAAAUGGCAUCAAACAUACUCCAGAAGAGCAAAAGGAAGUAUCAAUUUUCACUCUCAAGUCCAACAGUAACCACAGUGCCAUUACUCAUGAGCAGCUUUGGGAGCUAAUAAGUUAUUCAGUAUCAAGAGAAACGAGAAUUUCCCCACCCAGUUGGUGCCAGAUCCAUGGGCAAAAUCAAACUAAAGGAGCAGCAGUCAUUGUUCUACAUGGUGCAAGUCAGAUGCACUUCUACAGAUACUAUCUCCAAUUUAAACAGCUGAGGAAAAGGUUCAAAUGGAGAUUUAGCAUGCCCCCUCCUUCUCAGGAUUUUCUGCAUCGUAUCUUUGGAAUCAAGAACACGCCAUCAUGUGAAUACAAGGGAUUAAUAGGCAAUGGCAAUCCUGUUGUGAAUGGGCAUUUCGUUGUGGCGGAGAAUGAAAGUUGUGGAUCACCUGAUCUUGAUAAUCAUCCCAUCAUUAUUAAAUAUGGCAGAGAAAAGCAAGGGUUGACUCGCUACUUGCUCAGUAAAGAAGACAUGAUUCAAAAUGGUUACCCUGUUGCAGGUUUUCCAGGGUCUGAAGAAUUCAUUCAGAGCGGAUGCACAACUGAAGUAACUGACAACAGUCCAUUAUUUGGACUAGAUUGUGAAAUGUGCCUGACCAGAAAGGGAAAAGAGCUGACACGUAUCUCUGUUGUCGAUGCAGAGGGACACUGUUUGAUGGAUGAGCUAGUGAAACCAGACAACCAGAUCUUUAACUACCUCACCAGGUUCUCUGGCAUUACCUGGAAAAUGCUUUUGACUGUGAAAACAAAACUGAAGGAUGUUCAGGCCAUGCUGAGGAAGAUUUUACCCUAUGAUGCUGUCCUUGUGGGGCAUUCCUUAAACAACGAUUUGACAGCUUUGCAAAUGAUCCAUCCAAAUGUAAUUGACACGUCACUCCUUUUUGUUGGAGAAUCAGGCCGAAGGUUUAAAUUGAAAGUUUUAGUAAAAAAUAUUUUUGGAAGGGAAAUUCAGUCAACGGAAAUGGAUGGCCAUGAUCCAUCAGAAGAUGCAGAAGGGGCUUUAGCGCUGGCUCAGUAUUUUAUUAACCAAGGACCUGUGAAGAUAGCAGAGCUGAGCCUGGAGAAUUUCCAAGCUAAGCAGCCAAUGGGAGAUGAUAUCACGCCACAGCCUGAAGCCCGAAGACAGUGGAAAAGGUCAUCAAACAAACUGAGCACAAGCUGCAGAAGGAUAGAUGAAUCUCAAGACAGGGCAUGCUUAUAUGGUGGCAAUUUACCAAAACAAUUGUGUAUAGCUGAUCGUAAGGUAGUGGUAUUAGGUACAAAGAAGGCUAUGAGGUCUAUGACAUGCCAGGAAGCAUGGCAUCAAAUUGAAUGUGAAACAGACAAGGAGGUUAUUUGUCGUGCUGAGACUAACAUCCCAACUGCUGCCUUAAGUUUAAUUCAUUUUACAUCUUAUGCUGACUGUAUUGAAAGCGAUCUACAUAGGAAAGUCAAUGUAGGACAACUACACGAUAAGAUGCAACAGAUGUUGUCAGAGAUGUGUACUGUGUAUGUUGGGCCGUUCUAUAAGGAUUUCUGUUUAAAAUCGGUUAAAAGAACAUUCAGAAAUUGUGGUUCCAUCAGUUCUGUCACUGUUACCACGGAAACAUACCAGCCUUAUGUGCGGGUUCAGUACAAGGUGCCUGAAAGUGCAUUGAUUGCUGUAGAAACACUGAAUGGAAGCAUUGUGGCUGGAUUCCUCAUUAAGGUUCAAAGACCCAUGAGUGAAAAAUCCUUGGAUUGUGAAACAAUCCUAAAGAAACUAGAGAAAGACAUCACAAAUCAGGCUGUUGUUUAUGUGGCUGGAAUUCAGCAAAGUCUGUUGACUUUGGAAGACAUUGCAGAGAAAUUUAGCCAAUUUGGACACAUUGAAGCAGUAAUUUCUGUGGGUGAUAAACCUAAUGCAAAGAAUAAGGAUUGUUUUAUCAAAUAUGGAAACCCUGAGAGUGCCUUGAAGGCUCAGACAGCCAUGAAUGGAACAAAACUGAAGAACAGUUACCUAAGUGUUCAAAGAGCACUCACUCCAUACCACCUUCAGACCUGGGCCACUCAGGAAUCCUACACUGCUGUCAGCCCCAGGGUACCUGACACGCCGUCUCUAAGCAGUCAGUCUUCUGAGAGGAAAAAAGAGAAGCUUUCUCAAUGUGAGCAAGAGGUGAAAAAUGUGAUACGGACUCUGGAUCGACGUGUUGGACGGCUCUUCAGAGGAAUACCCAGUGGCAUGCUUUGCGUUGUCCUGCUGCCUGGAAUAAAUAGCACAGUGGCUUUUGUAGAAAUUUCUUUCUCAGGAGACAUCUUGCUCUCAUCAACGGCCACCAUCUAUAUCAUAUCACGGAUAGCAAGAGGUGGAUAUUUUGAAAAACUCGACACAGUGAUCACUGCUCAGCGCCUGGACUCUGCCUUCUCGAAAUAAAGCAAAUUUCUUAAAACUGAAUGUUCAGUAUGGACUCACAACACUACAGCUUUGACGCCAACCAUUAAUUGAAUGGUUAAAAAGUGAACAUAGUUCUUGGAUCACAUGUAUACAGUUGAAUUAUGUCAACAGCCAUGACUGAGCCAAGAAAGCUGCUUAAAAGUAUUUUUUUUAAGCAAUUGACCUUUUAUAAAGGAAAGUUUCAAGUGUGAAAAUAAUCCAAGACCAUUUGGGUUAUGUUAUGGCACCAAGUUCUCUUGGUCAGAAAUCAGAAAUUCCAGUCACCCCAUGGCCAGAUCAUGCCAGUUUUAGGUUUUGUUGUGCAGAAAAUAUUCCAUUUCCUGCCAAUUUUGACAGUAUUUGAGCAGGUCUCAAUGCAUCUCUCCUUUCCCACUGUGGAAUGAUUUGUAUUAUGCCUGUUGCUACAAGUUUGUAACAAUUCCACAGACAUUUGUAGUCUGUGUAGUAUUUUAUGCAUCCUGAAUCUCAUUCUAUUUUCACAGUCUGCAUUUAUAUUGGUUUUGUAUUUGAAAACACUGUCAUGUAUUGUGCAUCUGUGUUUCAUUUUCUGACAUGAAUAUUUAUCUA